GGAUCUUUUUUUGCCAGAAGUUGUUGCUUUAUUUCCAAACUUAUCUGCUGUGAUUUGACUCUGAGCUGGUUCUACUUGGUUCUCAAGAUUCCAUAUCUAUUCGAAAGUCAACAACCUUCUAUCUUGGGCAGAGCGUACCUCUGCUGCUUACAAGAUGAGAACGCGCUCCAGUGCAACCCAGGAACCAUCCACAGAAUCCAAAACAACAAAGGUGACCAGAGCUAUGGAGAGGAGCGAUGAUCCGCAUCCGCCAAAGAUGUUCAUCCUCCCAAAAGGAGGAUCCAAUGAUGCGCGGGUCGUAACAUUGGCAAAUCCGCGAACUUCUCUUCCCAAUCGGUAUUAUUUUUGCCCGGAAAAGGGCGUGUACGAAUUUACCAAAAUAGCUGCCCCCCGAAGCACGCCCAGAAGUAUAUUAUUAGCUCCAAAACACCACAAAGUCGAAAAGCCGCAGGAUAAGGAGUCUUCGAUCAGCCCGAGCAAAGAGGAACAAGAGAGCACCACGGAAGGCCCAAUUGCGACACACGUAUCUCACAAAAACGGAGAUCCAGUCACGUCCAAUGGCUACGUCACAAAAGAUGCCGACGUCUUCGUGGCAACUCCGCUGGAUCCUCUCUUCUUGAUAUUGCCGGCAUUAUGUCCAAGUCAAACCAAGGACCGCUCGGACCCUCCAAAACAAAUGUUCCUCUCAGCGGACGACUACAUUGAGACGCUGGCGGAUAAGUCCAAACAUUUCGCGCAGAUCACAAAAGCUCCAUUUUUUCGACAGAUACUAGAGUCCAGAAUGGCAGCCGCCUGCGAUACCGUCGACGCUGGAGACGAGAAAAUGUACCGCCUCAAUAACGACAAACUACUCCAAGAAUUGCUCGUGAAAGCACAUUCCAUGGUGCAGCGGGGUCUUCCGUCCAGCAUGGAAGAUAAAUUUGUGACUCGCGCGCUUGAAGCUCCAGUGAUGAGCAUCAAACGCGAAGAUACGACCGUAUCAGUUGCUACGUCCACUUCGAACGAUCCCAAGGCCUUGGGAUCGGCCCCAGGCGGACGGUCAGAGGAAUCGGCAUCGGUAUCGGUAUCAACAACAAUGCCAGAGCUCGCCUCCCCUUCCUCCUCCUUCCCAUCCGGUACACAGACGCCUGCAGAUUCUGCUGAAGAAUCUCAAGUCAGCUCAGCUACCAGCCUAUCGGUUGAAACGGAAUCACCAAGUUCAACCUCGACGGGACCAGACCCGCAUAUCCUCCAUCUUCUCCGCCUUCGCAUCUCUCUGGACUUCCUCCUCGCAAGCUACGUUCCAGCGCACAUUGUUUCGCGUCUCAACUCUCUACUUUCCGCCGACGAUCCUAUAACUCUUUCAGCCACGACGUCUCCUUAUUUUGCUCCAACAGAGAAUAAUGGCGUCGCUUCGGGCGGCUCUCCGGAAAAAGCCACCACUACUACUAUUUCCUUUGCCCCACUGACUGCACAUCUCGCGCACCUUGCGGCCCUUCGCCAGCAGGCACAAGCGUCCCGCUCUCUUGGCGAUUUCAGCCGGAAACGUACCUUCAAUGGCGGUGGCGGUGAAGACGACGAGUCAGCGGAAAUCAGGGCCGAAAAGAAGCGGAAAAAGGAUGAAGAAGAGAAGAAACGCAGAGCAGGCGAGUCAAGAGCAUUGCGUGAUUUAAAGAAAGUAGAUACCUCAGGUAUGAAGAAACUGAGCGAUUUCUUUGUUAAGAAGCAGCCUGCGGGCGGGACAAAGGGAAAGACAAAGUAAAGGUAAAUGACUUGACACAGGGUCAUAAUUACGGGGCGUUGUUCGGUGUUUCGGUCUACAGGCACAGGAGAAGACGGCACUAUCUAUGUUGAUUAAAUUGGGAAGACAUAUAUACGCAUAUAUCAUAACUUAGAAAUUACCAAAGGGUACUUACACUCCAUAGUCCUCACUGC